UCUGCAUGGAGAAUAAAAUUGAACAAAGGAACAUAAACCAAAACAUUCCAAGUCACAAAAAAUGACUUUCGAAAAUAAAAACUCUGAGCGCCGCGUCCAUCCAGACCAAAUCAGCCCUGCCAGCCAUACGUCAACCAAUUCUUUCUGGAAAGAGGAUGACCAACUUUUACAACGCAUGAGUAAAAGAAAAAAUCAGAAAAAGAACUGUUUCAACAUUACAGCUAAUAAUUGGAAGUAUUGCAUUUACAUCGUAGGCAGCAUCAGCAUUCUAGGUGGAUUCCUUUACCAAAGCUUAUCGUUCUUAUUCAUGUUCUAUGAAUACCCAUCUAAUGUAGAGUACUAUGUUUCAAACGAUGUGGAAAUUGAUUUUCCAGCAGUAACAGUGUGCAACGCCAAUCCGAUUAGAUAUAAGCUGUGGUGUAAAGAAAAUCCCUCCAUAUGCGUUCGCAAACCAGGGGAAACUUUAAAAGAUGUUCGACAACGACAAGCUGAUGAGUAUGAUAAGUUGAGCAAAGAAAAAAGAAUCAAAUUAGGAAACCAGUUUGAAGACUUCGUUCUUUAUGCCGAAUUCGCUGAAAUAGUAUUAACUGAACCAUUUGCUCAGUUUUAUGAUUAUGAGUUUACGAACUGUUUUACAUUUAAUGCUCGUUGGGGAGAACAAUGGAGUAUAAAAUCUGCAGUUCUUUUUAAUCCUAUCACAGGAAAAUCUUCAGAGUUAGUUAUUUGCCUAAAUAUUGAUGUAGAUAACUACAGUAACAUGACAGGUCCCCCAGCUGGCUACAUACGAAUGGUCAUGCAUGACAAUGACAUUAUUCCUAACCCUACUCAAGAUGCUGCCAGUUUAGAAGCAGGAGCCUUUUAUUCAUACAGCAUUCAAAAGGUUUAA